CUCACUCUCAACAACAGACUAAGAAAUAUGGCACCAGACUUAGCAAUACUGAAAAGAAAACGCUCUCGGCCUUCAGACUGGUGGGCGGCUCCCCCGACGAGCGCGGCAACCCCACCACCACAACAAGAUGAGCCUGCGCGCAAGCAACGUGGUCAACCUUCGACUUCAGAUCUUACUGGACGAGUAAUACAAGAAGCUCCCGCGGCUGUAAAUCGAGGAAGGGUGGCCAAAAGCCACGACGGGCCGUCGGCCGAGCAUGGGAAAAUCGCGGGCAAGUUGAGACGAGGAAGGUCAUUGAACACUGAAGAUGAAUUACAAGCUUCUGCUGAAAAAGCGCCUGAGAUUGAGGCUACGCGGAAUAAGAAGAAGAAUAAGAAAGCUGGACAGCCUGCGGUUGGGCAAUUAGUGGAGGGAACAACGGUUGAUUUACCGGCUCAAACACAGACAUCGAGGAAGCGUGGACGAUCUACUGCAGAUGCGAGGGAGCAAGUUGUUAUUCCUGCUCCGACUAAAGUCGACAGUCAAACUGCACAAAAGAAGCGGGGACGACCCCCGGCUUCACAUACAAAGGAGCAACCUGCUGUUGAACCACCAGCGGAGGCAGGAUCACACCUUGAGGCUCAACUCACUCCCAUAUUGCAUGCAAACGAGCUCUUGGAUUCCGAGCUGAAGAAAGAAGCAGCUCGUCUCGAAGUAGAGAAGGAAGCACUGUUGGAGUUGGAAACCAAUGCAAAGACUGAAGCCACUAGAAGGAAGGAAGCCGGGCGGAAGGUGCACUCGUUGCUUCAGUCUGGAGAUUCGGUCACGACAGAAGAUGGCCUGAAAGAUCGAAUUGGCUUCGCGGUUGGCUCCAACCAUCUACCGCUAUCCCUGGAGGAUGAGGAUCUUCAAGCCGUCGUUAAGGAAUUACAAGGCCAUGUGGGCAGUAUCCAGAGCAACAUAGACCAGGUCAAAGGCAUCGCUCACGCAAUGUCGAAGAGCAAAGCAGCUGUCCAGGCAACUCUAUUCGAUCACCUGGAAAAGCCCCAAUACGAGGAUGUUGUUCUAGGAUAGGGCUGCUCUUGGCUAUCAGGGUGUGACGGGCGAGAGCGAACAUGAUAUGUUGGCGUAUGGGGCAGGGACAGGCAUGUUAAGUAUAACGAAAGACGUAUGCUGUACUUUAAAUAAGAUACCCAGCGCGUAUUGUUGUUGUCGUCGUCACAUGUAUUGCUCUGGGUUAUAAAUUCAUAAAAUGGAGACUGACCUUUUCCUGGUACCUUAUUCG